CUGGCCGAGGUUGUUGUCGUUUUGUGAACUUUUGUGUUCGUCUUGACGGUGCAGUGCGAAAUCUAUUUUUAUGAUAGCUUAUCAGUUGCUGCUUAAAUGGCGACAAUUCACAACCUAUAUAACCGCCACGCCUCUAAUUAAUUCUUGGGUUGCUUAUCUUGAUAUUUUGCGGGUCUAAUUAUACGGUCAUACUUGUAUCACUCUCAGUUUGAUUUGAUGAUAGUUACUGCGAUACGCACUUAUCUAUAAAUUCCUCGGAGUGUGUUGUGUGUGUCGAAUAGCAGAUAAUCUAAUUAAUUUCUAUGAGAAUCUAAUUGUGGACUUAACAUAACCUGAAAAGUUCUGUGUGAAACAUAAAAAUGUCUGUUUUGAACAACUUCUCAGUAUCUAUAGCGAGAGGCAUUCGCCGCAUCCACAAACCCAAAGAAUUGGAGUCCAUCAUGCCAAGAACGACGUCCAGACGAGGCAGCACCACGUCCAAGGAUGAGAAGCCCAAGUUGAAAAUGGAGAAGUGUCUUAUUGUGUCAAAAGUCACUCGAUAUGAGUACGAAAAAUACAGCCGAGAGAAUAUAACAGACAAAGAAUUGGAGAGAAUAAUACGAAAGCGUGGAUCCGAUUUUGAAGCAAUGAAGCAGACUCACAGCGAACAGAAGGCGUUUGAAGAGGGAGUGGCGAGGAGUUUGAGGGAGAUGGGGCUGCAGGUCGAGAUGGCUAGCAGACUAACAUACAACGAGGAACUUAUAAACUGGUGCGACGUCGUCGUUCCUUGCGGGGGUGACGGUACCUUUCUGUUGGCUGCGUCCAGAGUGCGAGAUCAUAACAAACCAGUGAUAGGCUUCAACAGCGCCCCGCACAAGUCCGUCGGCCGGCUUUGCUUGCCCACGUGGUGCUCCAACGACGUCAAGGGUGCGCUUCACGCUUUAAAGGAGGGUCGUUUCAGAUGGAUGCGCCGCACCAGGAUACGGACGACCGUUUCCAGCGUGCCCAAGUUGCUGGACAAGAUAACGCCGGUAGAUUUACACACGUUGCAUUAUUGUAGAUACCCCCCAGUGUCAAACAGGCACGACGACCCCGAGGAGGAAUGCUGCUGCCCCGCUCCCCCCACACCUGAAUCUUCGAAGUCUACGAAGGUGUUGCCAUUUUUAGCGCUGAAUGAGGUGUUUAUAGGCGAGAGCGUGACGUCGCGAGUUUCACUCCUCCGGCUGCAGAUUGACAACGGCCAGUGGACGCACACGAAGAGUUCCGGUUUGUGCGUCACUACCGGAACCGGAAGCACCUCUUGGCAUUUCAGCAUCAACUGCCUCCGCACCCACUCGGUCUUGGAGCUGAUGAAGAUCCUCAGUGAAGAUUACAACGUCAAGUUGGACACCACACUGGAGAAAGCCAGGGAAGUGGCCGAGAGAUACAAUCAGAAACUCAUGUUUGCUGCAGAUUCUCAGCACUUGGCGUACAGCGUCCGAGAAUACAUAACGUUUGAAGAGUGGCCCGCGCCCAGAGGGCUUAGAGUAAGGGAUAAAGCUACCUCUAUCAAAGUCAAGUCACACUGCACAGACGCAGGUCUAGUCAUUGACGGCAGCGUGUCAUUCCCUUUCAACGACGGUACGGAAGCAGUCCUAGAGGUCCACCCAGAAGACUCCCUCAUGACCGUACAGAUGGACGACGCGUUACCACAUUAAGGUCACCUCGCCUUAAGUUGGACGUGUUAAACGCUACUUAACGUGUCUUAUCAAGUAAUGUGCAUCGAUUUACUUCACUUUUUGUCACACUUAGUGUUGGCUUUUGAAGUAAUCUUGAUAGAAUUGAGAAAGCUUCGUGCAGAUUGAUGAAGUCUUAAUGAUUUUAGGACACCCAUCUUUAACUUGGACACGCCGAGAAUUACUUUUCUUAACUUUACCUUAUAGAGAAAUGAAAGCUGAAAUUGACUUUUAUCAGUGUUGCCUUAUGAAGAUAUAUAUGUGUUAUAUUUCUUAGUAAGCAAGCGUCGUACAAAUAUAUAACGCGUUACCGCAUUAGGGGUCCUCAACCUUAAUUAAGACACGCAGAUUGCUACUAAACAUCUUAAUACUGCCUUGUGGAGAAAUGUAGUUGAAAAUUACUUAUCUCAAUGUGUGACUAUGAAGAAAUGAGAGUCAAUCUACUUAACUUUUCUCAUCCAUAUAAAGAAAUGUGGCUGAAAUUUAGGUAGUUUUAGGUAGUAGGAACGGGAAUACAAGAAUUUUGAGUGAAGUACCCAAAAGAGAAUGAAUGUAUCAAGUGAAUUAGUAUUUAAAUUAGGUUUCGUACGAGUAUCCUAAUCGAGCUCGAAUGAAAAUAUUGACUGUCAAUGAAGCAAUUAUGCAGUAAGUAUAGAGGGAUUGGAGCAAGUGGGUAGAUUUGGUCUCUGCCUACCCCUUUCGGAAAAGAGGCGUGUAUGUAAACGUACUUGUACAACAAAGUGACACAAUUAUUGUAUCUUUGCAACUUAAAUACGUGCGAUUCUCGUCUUUGUAUAUAUGUAAAUAAAAUAAAAAUCAAUUUAGUUUAAGACUGAAUUUUUAGUAAGUAAGGUUUAAUGUUUUUUUUUUGUAUGAUAAAAAAAUAGUUUAUUGUAAAUGAAUUCAUUACAGUUUCAUUGUUUAUCUAUGUAUGAAACAUAAACCUAUUUUUUUUACAAUGCACUACUUAAGUCUUCCGUCUUUGUAUAAGUUUGUAAUAAUGUAAAAUGGCUUUAUGACAGAUUAUACGUUAUUCAUAAUG